AUGGCCGAACAGAAACAAAAAUUGUGGGGUGGUAGAUUCACCGGGGAAACUGACCCUCUAAUGCAUUUAUACAAUGCAUCCUUACCAUAUGACUACAAGAUGUACAAGGCCGACUUGGAAGGUACUAAGGUUUAUACUAGUGGUCUAGAAAAGAUUGGGUUGUUGAAUAAGGAAGAAUUGGCAGAAAUACACAGAGGGUUGAAGCAGAUUGAACAAGAAUGGGCCGACGGUUCUUUUGUUAGAGAAGCAGAUGAUGAGGAUAUUCAUACUGCAAACGAAAGAAGACUAGGGGAGAUCAUUGGUCGUGGAAUUGCUGGUAAGGUUCACACUGGUAGGUCCCGUAACGAUCAAGUGGCUACGGAUAUGAGAAUAUAUUGUCGUGACAUUAUAAAUGAGACUAUCUUGCCUGCUCUUUCAUCGUUGAUCAAAGUGCUUAUUCAAAGAGCCAACGAAGAGAUAGACGUGCUAAUGCCAGGUUACACGCAUUUGCAAAGAGCGCAGCCUAUCAGAUGGUCUCAUUGGAUAUCUUGUUACGCCACAUAUUUCACUGAGGAUUUCAAGAGAUUGAAGCAGAUUGUGGAAAGAUUGAACUCAUCUCCAUUGGGUGCUGGUGCUCUUGCAGGCCAUCCAUAUGGUAUUGAUAGAGAAUUCUUAGCAGAAGGUUUAGGUUUCCAGUCUGUGAUUGGGAACUCGUUGACUGCCGUGGCCGACAGAGAUUUUGUCGUUGAGAUAAUGUUCUGGGGGUCAUUGUUCAUGAACCACAUUUCUCGUUUUGCUGAAGAUUUGAUCAUUUACUCUACUGCGGAAUUUGGUUUCAUCAAGCUUUCUGAUGCAUACUCUACUGGUUCCUCUUUGAUGCCACAGAAGAAGAACCCAGAUUCUCUAGAAUUAUUGAGAGGUAAGUCCGGUAGAGUGUUUGGUCAAUUGGCUGGAUUCUUGAUGUCAAUUAAAUCUAUUCCAUCCACUUACAAUAAGGAUAUGCAAGAAGAUAAAGAGCCAUUGUUCGACUGUUUGACUACGGUGGAACAUUCCGUGCUAAUUGCUACUGGUGUAAUUUCUACCCUAUCCAUCAACAAGGAAAAGAUGGAAGGUGCAUUAACAAUGGACAUGUUAGCUACCGAUCUCGCCGAUUACCUAGUGAGAAAGGGUGUUCCAUUCAGAGAAACCCAUCACAUUUCCGGGCAAGCCGUUGCUUUGGCCGAGAAGUUGAAUUUGUCUGGUAUUGACAAGAUCAGCCUGGAGCAAUACAAGUCCAUCGAUGCAAGAUUUGACAGCGAUGUUUUCGAAGUUUUCAAUUUCGAAAAGAGUGUUGAGAGAAGAGACGCUACCGGUGGUACCGCAAAGAGUGCUGUGUUAAAACAACUCAAGAACCUUGAAGCUCAAUUGUAA